AUGCCUUGGUGCUACACAACGGACCCCGGCACUCGAUGGGAGUACUGCAAGUUGCCGACCUGUGGAAAUGAGCCUGUCCCAGCCUCUGAAGCUCCCACGAUCUUGGAGGAGUUGACCUGUGCCACCGAGGAUGGCAGUGCCUACAGGGGAACCAUCUCCGAGACAGAAUCGGGGAAGACCUGCCAGCUCUGGGCCUCUCAGAAUCCCCACAAGCAUUCCAGGACGCCAGAGAACUACCCGUGGAAGGGGCUUACAUCGAAUUACUGCAGAAAUCCUGACAAUGAGAGAAUGCCUUGGUGCUACACAACGGACCCCGGCACUCGAUGGGAGUACUGCAAGUUGCCGACCUGUGGAAAUGAGCCUGUCCCAGCUCCCACGAUCUUGGAGGAGUUGACCUGUGCCACCGAGGAUGGCAGUGCCUACAGGGGAACCAUCUCCGAGACAGAAUCGGGGAAGACCUGCCAGCUCUGGGCCUCUCAGAAUCCCCACAAGCAUUCCAGGACGCCAGAGAACUACCCGUGGAAGGGGCUUACAUCGAAUUACUGCAGAAAUCCUGACAAUGAGAGAAUGCCUUGGUGCUACACGACGGACCCCGGCACUCGAUGGGAGUACUGCAAGUUGCCGACCUGUGGAAAUGAGCCUGUCCCAGCCUCUGAAGCUCCCACGAUCUUGGAGGAGUUUACCUGUGCCACCGGGGAUGGCAGUGCCUACAGGGGAACCAUCUCCGAGACAGAAUCCUGGAAGACCUGCCAGCUCUGGGCCUCUCAGAAUCCCCACAAGCAUUCCAGGACGCCAGAGAACUACCCGUGGAAGGGGCUUACAUCGAAUUACUGCAGAAAUCCUGACAAUGAGAGAAUGGCUUGGUGCUACACGACGGACCCCGGCACUCGAUGGGAGUACUGCAAGUUGCCGACCUGUGGAAAUGAGCCUGUCCCAGGUACUCCCACGAUCUUGGAGGAGUUGACCUGUGCCACCGGGGAUGGCAGUGCCUACAGGGGAACCAUCUCCGAGACAGAAUCGGGGAAGACCUGCCAGCUCUGGGCCUCUCAGAAUCCCCACAAGCAUUCCAGGACGCCAGAGAACUACCCGUGGAAGGGGCUUACAUCGAAUUACUGCAGAAAUCCUGACAAUGAGAGAAUGCCUUGGUGCUACACGACGGACCCCGGCACUCGAUGGGAGUACUGCAGGUUGCCGACCUGUGGAAAUGAGCCUGUCCCAGCCUCUAAACCUCCCACGAUCAUGGAGGAGCUGACCUGUGCCACCGGGGAUGGCAGUGCCUACAGGGGAACCAUCUCCGAGACAGAAUCGGGGAAGACCUGCCAGGUCUGGGACUCUCAGAAUCCCCACAAGCAUUCCAGGACGCCAGAGAACUACCCGUGGAAGGGGCUUACAUCGAAUUACUGCAGAAAUCCUGACAAUGAGAGAAUGCCUUGGUGCUACACGACGGACCCCGGCACUCGAUGGGAGUACUGCAGGUUGCCGACCUGUGGAAAUGAGCCUGUCCCAGCCUCUAAACCUCCCACGAUCAUGGAGGAGCUGACCUGUGCCACCGGGGAUGGCAGUGCCUACAGGGGAACCAUCUCUGAGACAGAAUCGGGGAAGACCUGCCAGCUCUGGGCCUCUCAGAAUCCACACGAGCAUUCCAGGACGCCAGAGAAGUACCCGUGCAAGGGGCUUAAAUCUAAUUACUGCAGAAAUCCUGACAAUGAGAGAAUGCCUUGGUGCUACACGACGGACCCCGGCACUCGAUGGGAGUACUGCAAGGUGCCGACCUGUGGAAAUGAGCCUGUCCCAGCCCCUAAACCUCCCACAAUCGUGGAGGAGCUGACCUGUGCCACCGGGGAUGGCAGUGCCUACAGGGGAACCAUCUCCGUGACAGGAUCAGGGAAGACCUGCCAGCUCUGGGCCUCUCAGAAUCCACACGAGCAUUCCAGGACGCCAGAGAAGUACCCGUCCCCUAAACCUCCCACGAUCUUGGAGGAGCCGACCUGUGCCACCGGGGAUGGCAGUGCCUACAGGGGAACCAUCUCCGAGACAAGAUCGGGGAAGACCUGCCAGCUCUGGGCCUCUCAGAAUCCACACGAGCAUUCCAGGAUGCCAGAGAAGUACCCGUGGAAGGGGCUUACAUCGAAUUAUUGCAGAAAUCCUGACAAUGAGAAAAUGCCUUGGUGCUACACGACGGACCCCGGCACUCGAUGGGAGUACUGCAAGGUGCCGACCUGUGGAAAUGAGCCUGUCCCAGCCCCUAAACCUCCCACGAUCUUGGAGGAGCCGACCUGUGCCACCGGGGAUGGCAGUGCCUACAGGGGAACCAUCUCCGAGACAAGAUCGGGGAAGACCUGCCAGCUCUGGGCCUCUCAGAAUCCACACGAGCAUUCCAGGAUGCCAGAGAAGUACCCGUGGAAGUGA